AUCUUUGGACUGCUACUUGAAACUGACGCUCUUUCCUCUGAGGAUUCAGUCAUUUCACCCUUCUACUCUCGUCUGUAAUUAAAAUCACCUUGGAAAAAUGACUCGCGAUAUAAUUCUAAAAAAUGUCGGAGAGGAUUUGCAAUUUAAAAUUGUACCAGAGGCAAAGGUAAAAAAGAUAAAAUCGAUUACUGAUCCAUAUUUGCUGCCAGAUGAUAUAGUGAAGCGUGUUAAUGAUACUUUUGAAAAUGAACUUGAAUUGGGGCUGAAAAAAAAUCCUGAAAAACAGUCUUCUCUUCAGAUGGCUAACACUUUUGUACCUAAACUAUUGUCUGGUCAUGAAAAAGGAGAUUUUCUUGCUCUUGACCUUGGAGGAACAAAUUUUAGAGUUAUUUUAUUAAAACUUGAUCCUGAAAGAGAGCUAGACUGUAUUGUCAAGUACUACACCGUUCCUGAGCCUUUACGACUCGGAGAAGGGCAGCUGCUUUUUGAUUUCUUGGCUGAGUGCAUGCAUAAUUUUUUAGAAGAAAAAGGAUUACUUCGAAAAAAAUUGCCUUUAGGAUUUUGCUUUUCCUUCCCCAUGAUUCAAACUGGUAUUAAUGAAGGCAUUUUGGUUACAUGGACAAAAUCUUUCAAAUGUGCAAAUGUUGUUGGAAAAGAAGUUGUGCAAAUGCUGAAUCAUGCUUUCUCAAAAAUGGAGGGUGUAGAUGUGGAUGUAGUUGCAAUCAUUAAUGAUGCUACAGGCACCAUGAUGAUGGGUUCUUAUCUUGAUAAAAGAAGCGCUAUUGGUAUGAUUCUUGGUACUGGUUGUAAUGCAGCGUACUUCGAAAGAGUGGAGAGAAUUGAAAAGUGGGAGGGUAAACAUCCUGGCAUUGAUGAAGUCAUUAUAGAUAUCGAAUGGGGUGCAUUUGGAGACAAUGGUGUUUUGGAUUUUAUGAAAACUGAUAUUGAUAAACAAGUAGAUCUGGCAUCUCUUUUAGUCCAUAGUUUUACGUUUGAAAAAUUGUUUGCUGGAAAAUAUAUUGGAGAAAUUGUCAGGAGAGUGCUUUCUCUUCUGAUAAGUGAAAAUGUAUUAUCUAGAUGUGAUGUGGAAGACUGGAACUUUACAGCUGCUGAUGUAUCCAAUACCAUGGAGGAAUCAAACUUGGAAAAGAUUUUAGAAAGAUUGAAGAGCAAGGGAUUUUCGCAAGCUACUCUUGAAGACGCUGAAAUAUUGCAUUAUGUAUGCACAGUCAUUUCGAUAAGAGGGGCGCUUCUAGUCUCAAUAUGUCUUGCGAACUUGCUUCGGAGAAUGGAUAAAGAGGAUGUAACUAUUGCUAUUGAUGGGUCUUUGUUCAAACACCAUCCAAAAUAUGACAAAUAUAUGGAGAAAUUCAUCGCAACUUUAGCACCUGGCAAAAAGUUUCAACUGAUUCUUGCAGAGGAUGGAAGUGGUAAAGGUGCUGGUUUAGUGGCUGCUGUAGUCACUUCAUUAGAUACAUCUGUUUUACAUGCUUAGCAUGAAUAGCAGAAUUUAAAUAGAAAAAAUUCUGCAUCUUUUUCAAAAAAAGAAAAAUCUGCUUGUAUACAAGGAAUUUCAUUCCAAAAACUCAAAAUAUAUUUCAUUCUUUAUCUUUACAGGUGAUAUACCUUUUUAUGAAUUUUUUGAGUUGUAAAUGUUUUUCAUUCUUUAUCUGUAAUGUUGAUAUACCGUUGAUAUUUACAGUGUUAAAAUUUUUCAAUGUUAUUUUUAUUAAAAAUAAAUGUUAAGUUUAUUUCUU